GUUACAAAAUGACCACAGACAGUCGAACUUCAUUAAAAUGACAUAUUUUUACCAGAAUAUCUAUUCUUAGAUGUUGAAUAAACUCAUAAAUAGAAAAUUGAUGUAAUUGCGGAACUUGAAUAAACAAUCGUUAUGAUUUUUUACAACUAUUCAAAACGGACUUUGUGGGAGUCUACGUGAUAGUUAGACUCCUAUUAUCAUAAAAUUUGGGGCAUCCUCCCUCUUCUGUGAAAUGCCCAAAAGGUUCGUUGAGUACUUAAUUUUCAAGAAAUAGCAGAUGUGCAUUAUUUAGUACAACGAAGGCUGAUGCGGCAGUGUUAUCAAAAUGUGUUGCAUCUUCACCUGCGUCGGCUGGAUGGUCGAUCUGAUACAGAGGGCAUGGACAUUCGCCAUGUCUUGCUGCAUCAGCUCCGCCGUCUGCUUCCUCAUGAUGACUUCCUCGCUAUCGGGCAUCGCUCUGGGAUAUAACUACUCUCUAGCUGAGUACAUUGACUUGAAAGAGACCAACGUAUCUGUGUACCUGAAGCGAGGUGUGUUUGACGACGAGAUUGCAGACGACAUGGACUGGAGGAGAGCCGGCCACAUGCCAGUUGACGGCCUCAUCAACGAGGACAAUUUGGUGACUGGGGCUCCGGCGGGGGACCAGAUUGCGGACCAAUCAGGUAGGAGGAGACUGGAGGACUCCAUGUACAACUCUGGAGACCACAACAAGUUCGAAGGUGGCUUGCUGAAGCUCACGGCCAAGCCCCUAGAUGAGCCCAUCACUAAAUCUUCAUACACCCCUGAUAUUGAAAUGGCUGAGAUACAAGGAAAAGGUUAUAAUGAACUAAACAAGUUGAAAGCUAUACAAGGCAUCCUCAACAAGAGAAGGUAUAACUUUAUUGCCGCGACCUCCACUACUGAAAGUGCAAGGCGAAUGAUGGCAAAGGACCCAAGAGGCCCUGAGAUACCAGAUGAAGUCAUGCAUCCGCCACCUCCCAAAGCGGAGUCCCCAGAUGCCUAUUCGCUACUAUUAAAUGGAAGAAGAUUCAAUCCCUACGAUCCAAAAUUAUACCAAUAUUUGAACCCUGCUCGAAACGCUGUACCAGAUCAGAAUUUGGGUUCCGCUGUGUAUUGGAGUACAAUCAAUCCAUAUUUACCGACGUCACCAACACCAUUAUUUCUUUACAACGAAAUUUAUCCAGUAUCACAGCCGACGUUGCCCCAGCCUAUCAAGGUGGACAUGAAGGGGCCUAUAAUACCAGCUACCCCGGCUGCUGAAAGGCGACAGUUCUCAGGGCCACCUGUGUUAAUAUUCACUGAAGGAAGGAAAGCUGAGACCAAAGACAAAUAUGAUGAAGGUAUAAAAUCAGGCGAUGAAUCGGAUAGGCUUGACCAGAAGAUGAGAGAAGAGUUGUCAAGACACAAAGGCGAAGAAUAUUCUCAAAAAGAGGAGGACUACGAACUGGACGCCAAGGGCUUUCCAGUUAGAAAGAAAAGAGAUAUUAUAUCUGAUUCCAAGUAUUUCAAAAUUUCUCCAUUUCUUUCUUCCCCUGUUGUUGAGCUGAGUCAGUCUCCUGAAAUGUUUAGUACUGAAACUAAACUAGCUCCUGCGCUAUUUGGAAAAUUAAUAAGCACUCUAAUACAAUAAAUACUAAAGUAUUUUGUCAGAAGGAUCUAUAAGUUCUUGCUUAAUAAAUAAUUAAAUAUAGACAAAAAAAAAGCUCUGGAAAUUAAUUAGGUACGUACCUAAUUAUUCAUAAAAUAAACUGCACGCUUUGAUUUAUAAAAAUCAUUGAAUUAUCUGCACUAUCGUUUUCCAGAUUAAAAUAUUUUUUGGAAUUUUUAUUUAUCUACAGAUAUUCGUAGUUAUUAAUAUCAUUAAAAUUUAAAUUCGGGUAUGUAUUUUCAUAAAUAUUGCAUAACUGAUUGGUAUAAGAAAAAAUAAACUGAAAGAUGAAAAUGUUACAUAACAAUAAAUUGAAUUUGGAAGUGCUUUUAAACCCUAAAGUUAUUAGUUUGUUGUUCGUUUUAAUACAGUUGUUAUUUGAAAUGAUUAUGUAUGUUUGGUUUAUACAUAUUUGUUAUUGUUU